AUGUCAUCCAGUGCAUCCUAUCUUAACAGUCCAGCAGAGACAGCUAUCCAGUACAUGAUUCCAGAUAAGCACGGCAAGAGAUUCUCUCAGGAAGAAGAUAACUUACUGAGAGAUCUUGCGAAGGACAAAAAGAAUCGUACAUGGAAAGAAAUUGCUUUGUUCCUUCCUGGAAGAACUGCUUGUCAAUGCCGCGAUAGAUACAAUCAGUAUCUCUUUAAAGAUGUUGUUAACAAACCAUGGACACCAGAAGAAGAUGAGAUUAUUGUCAAAAAAUAUAAAUUAUAUGGUCCUCAUUGGGUUAAAAUAUCUCAAUACUUACCAGGAAGAAGUGGAAACAAUAUCAAAAAUCGUUGGAACAGUGCUUUAACAAAAUAUCAUGGAAUGUCGCAUAAGAAUCCAAAAAUAAUCAGACGCUCAAAUAAGAGCAAAUUCAUUGAUGAUAAUAUAAUUUAUAAUACCAACCAACCUUCUUCACCAGAGAUUCAUGUGAACGAAAAAUAUUCUCAACAAAUUACUCCGAAAUCAAAUCCAGUUAUCAAUGAACAAAUUUCUGGCCACUCAUUAGACGCUUUGAUGCAAGUAUUCAACCAGAAUGAAGAUGCUUUUCAAGGAUUAUUUGACGAUUUUAAUGAAUUCUCAGAAUUCGAGAAUUUUGCAUUCUAA